AUGCCGAAUAAAAAAUACUGGGUGUGUACAAUUAAUGGCUGCGGUGUAUAUGCCCAUACUGAUAUAAAUCCAGAUUAUUUGUCUAGUGGUACAACUGACCAUGGUUAUCCAGCAAAUCCUGAAUUGAUUCAAGUCCAAAAAACACGUGAACAAAUUAAACAACGUGCACGAAAUGAGGUUGCACCUACUGGAAAAAAAUAUGAUGAAGAAAUAACAAAAAAUGUUUUGAAUUCAGUGGCAGUAGGGUGUGGAUGUGGGUGGGACUUAGAUUCAGUAUCAGUCAACCAUGAUCGUCAUAAUAUAAUUUGUUUAGCUGAUUUAAUACAUGAAAUUUUGUUUUAA